CUCGCUCGCUUUCAGAGUUAUAAAUACGAAGCUCUUUGAGAAGUCAAACAGUUUGAACCAGCUUCAGGGACAGAGACACUCGGACCCUCACAGCCUCCAGUCAGCCUUUUCCCAGCUCAGAUUUGCUCUGGCAGGGAUUGAAAGCAGCGGGCCCGGACUCAAUCAGGAAUCGAACCGGCGACAUAUCGUAAUAUUCAAGUGGUGACAAGAUGUUUUCAACGGCGAGGGCAGUGGUCUGUCUGUCCCUGUGUCUGGCUGUCUGUCAGGUCAGGGGGUCGUACAUCCCUGUAGAGAUGAACAGAACCUUCCAGAGCCUCCUGCAGCACUAUAACAUUUCUCCUGCAGAGCGAUUCAACAGAAGGCCCGUCUUCUCCAGAGAUCCUCUGAGCGGCAGGAUGGAGGCACAGAAGGUGUAUAUGGGCGGCGUGUUGGAGGCGUAUGAGAAGCUCCUCGGUCACAUGUUGAAGCAGCUGCCGGCUCCUCAGACAGCAGAGCUCCCUAACCCCUGUGAUGCUGAGAAGGGGACCAACAAAGAUGUCAGGGUGGAGCUGAGCUGCAUCCUGAAGAAGGUCCAGGACCUGAGGAGGCACAGCUUCCAGGAGGAGGGGAAGCUUCUGCAGAGUCUGCAGGCGCUCAAACACGUCAAGGUGGAGGAGGAGGUCAUCCAGAGCAAAGCAUUGUGGGAACUACCAUGGCUGUAUGAGGCGGCGAGCUCCUUGUCUGACGACCGCAUUAAGCAGAGGCGGCGGAGAAGGCAAGCACGGAGGACCAAAAAUCGUCCCUGAGCCCGAAACAGAAAGAGGCAGAGUAACGACGGCGACAUAACUAAGAUAUUUUAAAAACAGUAAAAUGUGGAAUAUUUAAUUAGAAGCUUUUAACGGAUCAAAGAACAUUUAUAUUUAAUGGUUAAUUAAGGGUUAAUUUAAUAUAUAUUUAUGACGAUGAUGUUUAACCAGCAGCCUCCGACCCAUAGCUCCGAUAACUUUGUACAUUUUUUUUUUUUUUUUAACCAAGUCUGAUGUUUGAAACUUGGAAGGUUUGAUCGGUUUCUAACUCGCCUCCUCAAACACAGGAUGUGACCUGGGAAUACUUGAUUUCUUGAUUUUUGAUUACUAAGCCGCUGAUUUGUUGAGAUGAAAAGUCAGAAUUAAAUGUCGAUAUUGUCCGUCUGAGAUAUCAGCUUGGAUCCUUAAUCAGUUACCAAAACUACGGUGGCCUGUUUCCGCCAUUCAAACUUGAUAUUUAUAAUAUUUUACCCGUGGAGGUUCCCAGCAAACUAGUUUAAAGAGGACAUAUCAUCCCCCUCCUCCAUCUUUUCAAACAGUCCCCUCCUCCAUCUUUUCA